UCUCCUUCCAGCUUCGCACAAACUCUGCAUUUCGAAGUGAAAAGAAAACUCGAUGGCCGCGGUUUCCACUCAAAGCUGAAACGUGAUGAAAAAUUCUGCAGUAUUGAAAUCGCCUUUAAAAUGUCGCAUAAACAUGUCGAAUUGCAUAAAACUGUCAAAAAAGGUUGGAACCAAGUUUCUCCCAAAGGACAUGCGAGACUAGGGUUUUUCCAAACAACAAACGGGAGAGAAAACGCAGACAACGUGUUUGUGCUCGUGGCCCACUACGACUUCAAAGAGGGCAAAGACGAUUGGCCCCGGAAGGGAAACGACAAGGAUGUUGAGAAUCUGAGAAAAACAUUUGCUGAAAACCGAAAGUGCCGAUUCAGAGAUUUGCCGUCGCCAAAAAAGGAAGACCUUUUGGCUCUGUUGGCCGAUGAGAAAAAAUUAAAGAAAUUCUUUGCUUCUGAGGACGUAGAGCCAUCGAUGUUCAUUUUCAUCAUUUUGUCGCAUGGAGGUCCCAAGGGGAAGAUUUACACAGACGAAAUCAUAUCAAAUGUUUACGACUCGUUCAACACAAAGGAAUUGUUUGCGAAACUGGAAAAAACAUGUGCAAAAUGCUUGCGGCUCCUGUUCCUUGGGCCGUGCAGAGGUGAACUUUCAUUCGGAGACACAAAUCAAGCAGAUAGCCAAGACACGGCAAAAAACUACUCAAGCAACGUUUCGUUUGAGCCGAAAAUGCACAACACGAUUAUUUUCUACUCAACGGUUGAAACAACAACUGCGGACAGAGAUCCUCGUAAAGGGACAUGGCUUGUCCAGUGUUUGUGUGAACAACUCAACCUGAUGAGAGCGAACGAGAGCCUCGCUCAUUUCUCCACCGGAAUGCAAAACAGAAUUCACGAAUGGGCGAUAAAAGCACAGCCUGAUAUCAGAACUCAAAAGCAAACGGAACAAACAAUGGAAAUUAAAAUGUUUCCGCAUGACAGAAAGUUCUUCUUUUCUGCAUUCGAGAAUUGUGGCCAAAGCCAAUCGACGAUUGAAUUCGAUUGGAUGAAUCCAAACACAAAGUCUGUUUUCAGAGGGAAACUCGCAGUGAUAUUUCACCAAGGAAACGAGAUUAAAAAAUUAGAAUACAGUCUCAUUGAAAAUCUUGGAUUUGAAACUAAAACAAUCAACUCAGAUUUGGAAAGUGUGGAAAAAUACUUUGCAGAAUUGAAGGAAAAGUCGUGGAGCGAUUAUGGAUGCUUCGCAGCGUUCUUUUUUGCUCAGGUCACAGAGGAAGAAAAUCAAGUUUGCGUCAACCUGAGUGGAAAUGAGCCAGUGCCGAUCGGCGAUUUGAUUCACUCGCUUCUUGGCCCCGAGUCACAAGAGUGGCAAGGAAAACCAAAGCUAUUCUUUCUGAUUGACGUGGGAAGAGCGACAGAGGACGCACAAGGGAAACCAUCAAGUCAACCGAUAAUAGAAUUUCUACCGGCGACCCCUCAUAGCGGCUGGAUGCUUUUUAUUCUCCGAAUGAUUGCAAACUUUCAACGUAACGGAUCUUACGAUAUCUUAAGCAAUCCUCUUCACUUGAAAAUGAUCGCUCAAACAGAAGACUCAUUUUCUGGAAAAGAUUCACAAAACUUGUUUCACAUUUACGAGAAAAUUGUCCAGAAGAAAAUGCGUGAAGCGCUUGCUGUAGAUUACACUGAGGGGAAUAUGAUGUACGAGGAAGCACUUGAAAAAUGUGAGAAAGAGUUGCAAACUAUUUCACUUUCAUAUCUAAAUAACGAGAGUGUUGAGGAUUUAAAAUACACCCGCAAUGGAAUUGUGACUCUGGUUGAAGGAAACAUUGUUUUCGUGCACCAAACGUUCGCCGAGUUUCUUGCUGCUCAAAAUUACAUAGAAUGCCUGAAUGGCGAAAAAUUCAAAAAAUUUGAAAUGCCUAUCGAUUUAUUGGAAGAGAAAUACAGACAAGUUAGAAAAUUCGUGGAUAUGAAAAUAUCCAGGGAGAAAGAUGAAGAAACUGCAAUUUUGAAAUCAUCUCUUGAAUUAUUUUUUAUGGAGAAAAUAACGAAAGAGAUGAUCGCUGAAAUUCUAGUCAGCGAAAACCUGCCGACCAUGUUCUCCCUUUACGAAAACCAAAUCAGCUUUGGGAAGAAUCGCAGCAAGGCCAAAUUUCAUUUUGAAAAUGGAUAUCAAAUUUUAAAAGAAGCCUGUUGGAAAAACGAAGAAAUUGCUCUGAAUAUUUUGAAUCAUGGCGCAUUUGAAAGCUUGGAAUUUUCAAAAAUCAAUGAAAUCACAAAAAUACUUUGCGGUGCAGUUAAGAACAAUUUCUUGAAACUCUUUGCAGCGCUCGUAGAAAAGUGUUCCACUCAUGGUUUAAUUGAAAAAUGCCAAGCGAAUCAUGACAAUGAUAUGAGUUUUGCUGUUACGAAUGCAUCUGAAAAGAAUCACCACGAGAUGCUUAAAUUGGUGAUUGAAAGUGGACUAAUCGACAUGCACGGUUUGGUCAAAAGCAAUGCUCUUGUAUUUGCGGUAUCAACAAACAGCGUCGAGUGCGUUGAACUUCUUAUUCAGCACGGUUUUCCAACUGCCUGUGUGGACUUUCUAUUUCUUUAUGAAUUUAGCAAUUUUGAAUAUUACAAUUAUUAUAUGGAAGAAAAGACGAUAAGGGCACUUCUUGGGACGAAAAGCGAACCGCCCGAAAAACUCGCAAUAAGACUGUUUCAAUAUGCUAUUAAAAUAGGAAAUGUUGAAGCGGCGAAGUUUUUGCAGCAAGAAUACAGGGGGAUUGAGAAGACAGUUUUUGACGACGGCAGGACUGCCCUUCAUGUGGCGGCAGAGAUAAGGGCUUCGAAAAAACACUCGGCCGCGUUGGAAAUUUGUCGGUGGCUGGUGCAAGAAUGCGACUUCAAAAUCGGCGACAAGGAUUAUAAAGGACGGAACGCUUUACAUAUCGGAAAAGGAAAUUUGGAAUUGGCGAAGUACUUCCUGGAAAAGGAUCCUGCGCUCAUCAAAUCUGUAGAUGAUGAUCAUGGCCUCAACCUCCUUCAAUUUGCAUGUUAUUGGAGUGAAGGAAAAAAAAUUGUCGAAUUCUUUCACAGUCGAGACGGCGAUUUGAUUAAGCAAGAAAUGAAGGAAGGCAAAACAGCGCUUCAUUUGGCGGCAGAGAAGGAAAAUCUCGAGUUGUGCGUUUUUCUCGUAGAAAAUGGGGUUGAUUUGAACGCCGUGGACGACAAGGGGUGGAAUGCAGCCCACUGUGCUGCUGUUAAUAAAAGGAAUAAGGAAGGAGGAAAAAUACUUCAGUAUCUGCACAAGGAAAAACCUGAACUGAUCAAGCAAAAAACGAUUUUAGGAGAAACAAUGCUUCAUAUCGCGUGCAAAAAUAGGUUGAAUGAGGAAACAAUCGAAUGGCUGAUGGCACAGGGAUUGGACCCAAGCGACGUGAACCGUAAAGGGUGGAACGCUCUUCACUUUGCAGCGAGUGGAGGGAAAAUUGGAAAGAUAGAGUUCAUUCACGGGAAAUUCCCUGGUCUGAUGGAAUCUUUGACGAACGACGCCGAGAACGCGAUGCACUUGAUGGCAGCAAGUUAUAGUGAAAAAGAUGAAUUAAAAGAAUUGCAUGCGCUUUGUGGAAAAUUGGUCAAGCAGAAAACAAAGACAAAUAAAACGGUGCUUCACUACGCAGCGCAAAGUGGUUGGUGUUCUGAAGAAAAGUGUGAAUGGUUGGUUGAGGAAAUUGGGUUGGAGAUUGAAUCUGAGGACAACGACGGAUGGAAAUUUGUGCAUUUUGCUGCGAGUGAGGGAAAAAUUGGAGUGAUUAAGUUCAUUCUCAAGAAAUGUCCACAUCUAAUUGAAUCUUUAACAAACGACGGCGAGAAUGCGAUGCACUUGAUGGCAAAACGUUAUUGUGUCUUAAGUAAAUUAAAAGAACUGCAUGCACUUUGUGGAAAACUGGUCAAGCAGAAAACAAAGGCAAAUAAAACGGUGCUCCACUACGCAGCGCAAAGUCAUCUUCAUUGUAAAGAAAAGUGUAAAUGGUUGGUUGAGGAAAUUGGGUUGCCGAUUGAAGCUGAGGACGACGACGGCUGGAAUGUUGUGCACUUCGUGGCAAAUAAUUAUAAUCGAUAUGAAAUACUGGAACUACUAGAAUAUAUUAAAACUAAAAAUUCCAGACUAAUUGUGAAAACGACACAGAGAAACGAAACCGCGCUGCACACCGCGGCCAUGAAAGGAAAUUCUCAAGCAUUCGAGUGGCUUUUAAAAAACUGCGUUGAUCCGGAAUUGACGGAUGUGGAUGGCAAAACCGCCUUGCAAGUGGCUCGGCCGCAAGAUUUUGAAGAUUUGAAGCGAAUUUUAGCGAAAUUGCCGCCACACCCAAACGAUCAAAGCCGCAAUACUCUGCAGCGUUGACUACGAAUUUUGAAUCAGAUAUCUCGAAGAAUGCGACGAGCAACGAACAUUUUAUUCUAAAUGAGUGUGCCAUUUGCUUUUCCAAAAUUGUAAAUUGCUUUUAUGAAAUCAAUUAGUCAUAAAAACUUGCUUUGGAAAAAAAUUGAAUUUUGUCUCAUUAAAAAAUUCUUACUUUUGGUGUUUAAUAAAUUUGAUUAAAAGGAAAAAUCGAGAGGGAGGAGAACCAGUUUAUUAAUAAAAUUUAUCAAUAUUUUGUUUUAAAUCUUAUUGGACUCGAUAAAAAAAAACCUUCAACAAGAGUCUUGAAUAAGAAACAAGUCACGCAUAAAACACUUAUUAAAAAUAAAAAAUGUAAAAAUUGAAGAGAUUUACUCUUCACGCCUUUGUACAACAUUUCCUUUCAAUAUUAACAAUUUGAUUGAAUAAAAAGGAGUCUAAAUGUUCAUUUUAUUGCAUAUUUCGCUGCUGGAGCAAAAAAUGUAAAUAAAUUUGUAAUGGUCCGUUGUAGGUGGUGCGUCCGCCGAGAUAUAUAGGGUGGUCAACCAGCAGAAAGCUUGACCUUCACUUCUUCAGCUCCCGAUUGCUGAAUUAAUUUGCAAUUGACCUAAAUUAAUUAAUUCAGCCAAAGACAAAUGGGAAUUAUUUUAAUUGUUUUGACAAAACUUAACGCACGCUUUGUUAAAAAAAUGACCCCGCGUCAAAAAGGGCACUUUGAUUCGGAGGGAAAAUGAGAACCGCCGUUUCUCGCAACAAAAUCAAUCGGAAUGAAUGGCAAUAGCAAAAGAAAAAAAAUCGUGUUGCUAGAAUAAUUAAUUUUCCUAUUCGCUGUGUUUUCCUUUUUCACCUCAACAACAACAAAAGACAAGGCUGACUUAUAUGAUGAUACGCAAUGAUAUUCAUUGCGUGUAAUUGUCUCCAGAGAAAUUUAACAAUGCCAAGCGUAAUUUUUUUCAUUCUGUUUGUAUUUCUCAGCUGCAGAGAGUUGACUUUCAAUGAAACCUGAAAGAAAAAAGUGAACACGGAGCAGGUCAUCAUCCCUUGGAAUUAAUUUCUCCAAUUAAUAAUUAUUCGUUUUUUCAUGGAAUAAAUUAUAAAAAGUUCCAAAUGUGCAAGCAAAGUCUUCAGAUAAAUUUUAAAUUGAAU